AUGCAUGAAGAUUGGCUUAAAGGUAUUGACAAAUCUUUAAAAAAUCACAGUCAGUCUAUUGCUGACUACAAGAAAAGUAUAGAUUUUUUACAUAGUGCUAUGGACGUACAUGAUGGAAGCAUAAGGAACUUACUUAAUGCUAACAAUAACUUACCAGGAACUAUUAAAGCAUUUAUAAAGUCCUUUGUAAAACCCGGUGCUCUAACAUUUAGGUCUUUGAGAGCAAGAGCAUUGAAGUCAAGAGAUGCAGAAACUCCAACAGAACCACCAAAACCAACAGCUAAUGAAAUAUUGUUCGAAUAUUUUCCAAGGUACUCUGUUCUCAUUGCAUACAUUCAAGAAAUACUUAAGAAAGCAGACUUGACUUUAGGAGAUGAUGAAAGUUCUGUAUAUCUUUCGUUCCAGUUUCAAAUAGCAGAACUUUUGAGACAGAUAUGCUUAAUGUAUGACAACAUCUCUGAUUUCACAAGAUAUGAUGACGACCAUGACCCCGAACACGGUGAAGAAGAAGUUUUACAAACAUCCAUUAAGACAGGAAAGGUUUUAACUCAAAGUCUCAUUAUUGACACCAAAGAUGGCGAAGUGGACGUUCUUCAAGAGCUGAAGAAAAAUACUUCUUCGGGAGGUGGUGGUAGGCAUGAACUUGAAAUAAAUGAGAUAGAAGAGAAAUUAGCCGAAAAAGCAGAUAAAGAACAUAAACACAAUAUCUCCGAUAUAAAUGAACUUCAAGCUACAUUAAAUAGUAAAGCGGACAAAAAUGAACUUGACGCAAUGAACAAAGUUUUGAAAUCUCAUAAACACAAUAUCUCCGAUAUAAAUGAACUUCAAGCUACAUUAAAUAGUAAAGCGGACAAGAACCACGUUCAUUAUAUAACUUCAGACGAACAGAUUAUAACGGACUACCAUGGAUAUUUAACACGAAGUGAUGAAGCGAAGACAAAAAAUGUUAAUGAAAGAAGAUAUAAAUACAUUCGUGCUAAAGGUUAUGACAUAAGCUGUACUGUACAGUAUGAUGUAGCUAAAGCACCAGAAGCAUUUGGUUAUACCGGUGAAAUUUAUGCCUCUACUUUCAAUGUUAACGGUGUAUUAGUUGAACCAAGAUUUACAUUGAGAGUUAAGUCAAAAAUAACGUUUGAAGAUGCUAUUAAAAGUAAAGCUGACAAAGUUGAACUUGAAGCAAUGAACAAAGUUUUGAAAUCUCAUAAACACAACAUCUCCGAUAUAAAUGAACUUCAAGCUACAUUAGACAGUAAAGCCGACAAGAACCAUACACAUAAAUCCUUCACUACUGUUAGAGCAGACGACAUAAUAUUGAACUUUGACCUUGGUUCAAGUGCACCUUUAGAGAAUCCAAGUACAAGCGUAAAAGAUACUCUUAACAAUUUAGAUAAGAGUUGCAGGAAUAUCGAAGAUCAUGCCAGAAACUUUGAAGCAUAUGAACUACCAGCAAUGUUAGAUAAGAAAGCAGACAAAACAGAGCUUCAAACAUUAAAGACAGAAAUACUUCAAACAUUAUAUCCUAUAGGUUCUAUUUAUACGUCAAUGAACUCAACAAAUCCAGCAACAGUUUUAGGUUUUGGUAUGUGGGAGCAGAUUGUAGAUAAAUUCCUCUAUUGUGCGAACUCUUCAAAGCAAACAGGUGGUUCGAAGAAAAUUACUGAAGCAAACCUUCCACCGCACACUCAUACAGGAACUACAAACACAACAGGUAGUCAUUCACAUUCAAUAACAAAAAGAGGUUAUACAAAUCUUGCAGCAGGUUCGGAUAGACAGGGAAUGCAUAGAUAUGAUAUUUCAAGUGACCCAGUAGAUUCAAGCGCAGGUAUUUUCUGUGGAACCGCAGGAAAUCAUUCACACACUUUCACAACAAAUCCAACAGGCUCGGGUAAAGAUUACAUGCCACCAUUUGUGACUAUAUUCGCAUGGUACCGCGUUCAAUGA